GCAGAUGCUGCUGCUAGGGGUGGUGGGAGCAGCCGUGGGACGCGUGGCCGGGAGCGGGGGUGACAGCCUGGGAUCCCGGGGGCUUCUCUGCCUUGUCUUCCUCCUCUCUCUGUUCCCCGUGUGGCUGCGGCUGACACUAAAGACUUGGUAGCCACCAACCAAGUGCAGUUUCAAUGGAAAAUGAAGGUUGCACGUUUUCAAAAAAUUCCUAAUGGUGAAAAUGAGACAAUGAUUCCUGUAUUGACAUCAAAAAAAGCAAGUGAAUUACCAGUCAGCGAAGUUGCAAGUAUUCUGCAAGCUGAUCUUCAGAAUGGUCUAAACAAAUGUGAAGUAAAUCAUCGGCGAGCCUUCCAUGGCUGGAAUGAAUUUGAUAUCAGUGAAGAUGAGCCACUGUGGAAGAAGUAUAUUUCUCAGUUUAAAAAUCCCCUUAUUAUGCUGCUUCUGGCUUCUGCAGUCAUCAGUGUUUUAAUGCAUCAGUUUGAUGAUGCUGUCAGUAUCACUGUGGCAAUACUUAUCGUCGUUACAGUUGCCUUUGUUCAGGAAUAUCGUUCAGAAAAGUCUCUUGAAGAACUAAGAAAACUUAUGCCACCAGAAUGCCAUUGUGUUCGUGAAGGAAAAUUGGAACAUACACUUGCACGAGACUUGGUUCCAGGUGAUACAGUUUGCCUUUCUGUUGGGGACAGAGUUCCUGCUGACUUACGCUUGUUUGAGUCUGUGGAUCUUUCCAUUGAUGAGUCCAGCUUGACAGGAGAGACAACACCUUGCUCUAAGUUGACAGCUCCUCAGCUGGCUGCGACUAAUGGAGAUCUUGCAUCAAGAAGUAACAUUGCCUUCAUGGGAACACUGGUCAGAUGUGGCAAAGCAAAGGGUGUUGUCAUUGGAACAGGAGAAAAUUCUGAAUUUGGAGAAGUUUUUAAAAUGAUGCAAGCAGAAGAAGCACCGAAAACCCCUCUGCAGAAGAGCAUGGACCUCCUAGGAAAGCAACUUUCCUUUUACUCCUUUGGUAUAAUAGGUAUCAUCAUGUUGGUUGGCUGGUUACUAGGAAAAGAUAUCCUGGAAAUGUUUACUAUUAGUGUAAGUUUGGCUGUAGCAGCAAUUCCUGAAGGUCUUCCCAUUGUGGUCACAGUGACUCUAGCCCUUGGUGUUAUGAGAAUGGUGAAGAAAAGGGCCAUUGUGAAAAAACUGCCUAUAGUUGAAACUCUGAGCUGCUGUAAUGUCAUUUGCUCAGAUAAAACUGGAACACUGACGAAGAAUGAAAUGACUGUUACUCACAUAUUUACUUCAGAUGGUCUGCAUGCUGAGGUUACUGGAGUUGGCUACAAUUCAUUUGGAGAAGUGAUUGUCGAUGGUGAUGUUGUUCAUGGAUUCUGUAACCCAGCUGUUAGCAGAAUUGUUGAGGCGGGCUGUGUGUGCAAUGAUGCUGUAAUUAGAAAUGACACUCUAAUGGGGAGGCCAACAGAAGGAGCCUUAAUUGCUCUUGCAAUGAAGAUGGGUCUUGAUGGAGUUCAACAGGAUUAUAUCAGAAAAAGUGAAUAUCCUUUUAGCUCUGAGCAAAAGUGGAUGGCUGUUAAGUGUGUACACAGGACACAGCAGGAUGGGCCAGAGAUUUGUUUUAUGAAGGGUGCUUAUGAACAGGUGAUUAAGUAUUGUACUACAUACCUUAGCAAAGGACAGACUUUAACACUCACCCAGCAGCAGAGAGAUCGGUCCCAACAAGAGAAGGCACGAAUGGGCUCAGCAGGGCUCAGAGUUCUUGCUUUAGCUUCUGGUCCUGAACUUGGACAACUGACAUUUCUUGGCCUGGUGGGAAUCAUUGAUCCUCCUAGAACUGGUGUGAAAGAAGCUGUUACAACACUCAUCGCCUCAGGAGUAUCGAUAAAAAUGAUUACUGGAGACUCACAGGAGACUGCAGUUGCAAUCGCUAGUCGUUUGGGAUUGUGUUCCAAAACUUCUCAGUCAGUCUCAGGAGAAGAAAUAGAUGCAAUGGAUGUCCAGCAGCUUUCACAAGUACUACCAAAGGUUGCAGUAUUUUACAGAGCUAGUCCAAGGCACAAGAUGAAAAUUAUUAAGUCUCUACAGAAGAAUGGGUCGGUUGUAGCCAUGACAGGAGAUGGAGUAAAUGAUGCAGUUGCUCUGAAGGCUGCAGACAUUGGAAUCGCAAUGGGUCAGACUGGCACAGAUGUUUGCAAAGAGGCAGCCGACAUGAUCCUGGUGGAUGAUGAUUUCCAAACCAUAAUGUCUGCAAUUGAAGAGGGUAAAGGGAUUUAUAAUAACAUUAAAAAUUUUGUUAGAUUCCAACUGAGCACGAGUAUAGCAGCAUUGACUUUAAUCUCAUUGGCUACAUUAAUGAACUUUCCUAAUCCUCUCAAUGCCAUGCAGAUUUUGUGGAUCAAUAUUAUCAUGGAUGGACCUCCAGCUCAGAGCCUUGGAGUAGAACCAGUGGAUAAAGAUGUCAUUCGUAAACCUCCACGCAACUGGAAGGACAGCAUUUUGACCAAAAACCUGAUACUUAAAAUACUUGUUUCAUCAAUAAUCAUUGUUUGUGGGACUUUAUUUGUCUUCUGGCGUGAGCUACGAGACAAUGUGAUAACACCUCGAGACACAACAAUGACCUUCACAUGCUUUGUGUUUUUUGACAUGUUCAAUGCACUAAGCUCUAGAUCCCAGACCAAGUCUGUGUUUGAGAUUGGACUCUGCAGUAAUAAAAUGUUUUGCUACGCAGUUCUUGGAUCCAUCAUGGGACAGUUAUUAGUUAUUUACUUUCCUCCACUUCAGAAAGUUUUUCAAACCGAGAGCCUAAGUAUACUGGAUCUGCUCUUUCUUUUGGGUCUCACCUCGUCAGUGUGCAUAGUGUCGGAAAUUAUAAAGAAAGUUGAGAGGAGCAGGGAAAAGAUUCAGAAGCAUGUUAGUUCAACAUCGUCGUCUUUUCUUGAAGUAUGAUGCAUAUUGCAUUCUUUUAUUUUUGCAAACUAGGAAUUGCAGUUUGAGGAUCAUUUAGAAGGGCAAAUUCAAGAGGAUAAUGAAGAUUUGAGAACUUUUUAACUUUUCAUUGACUAAAAAUAAGCAUUAAUGCUAAAGACUUGAUUGAAGACUUUAACCUGCUGACAGUCUCAAAUGAAAUUAUGUAACUUUGAUAACACAUUCCUUGAUUUAAAUUGGCUUUUGAGAUUGAGGGGAACUUUAUAAAGCAUAUGGGCAUUUAUUUAAUAAAAAAUAAAAAAAAGGUACACCUAAACCACUUAAAGAGGUCUAACAAUACAAAUACACUGUCUAUCUUAGAUAGAUAUAAAUAUUUUUUUUAAUUUUUAAAUAUUGUACUAUUUAUGGUGGUGGGGCUUUCUUACUAAUACACAAAUAAAUUUAAUCAUUUCAAAGGCAUUCUAUUCGGUUUAGAAGUUGAUUCCCAGGAGUGCCAUAGUUCAGCUACUGUAUUUCCUUUUUUCUGCAAUGUAAGCAGCUCAAAUACCUUGUGUUACCAUUUUUGUAUCUCACGUUUUUUGCACAGGAUGUGACCACUGUCAGAUCACUGUUCUUUUCUUUCUUUUUGUGACUGAAAAGCCGAUUAUGCAAUUUGAAGUAAAUGUUGCUUUUCGUAGUAAA